CGAUUUCGAGCUAAAGAGUUGUCAUGUGAUUUUUAUUCUUAUCGAGGGAAAUUUGUUUUAUUUUACACUUGAACUCCCAGUGUUUUCUGCCUUAAGGUGCAAAACUUGACUACGGCCUGGCUAUUACUAAAUUUAUUAGCCUAGCCUAUUGAGUAGCCCAGGCCUUCUAAAAUCUAGCCUAAUAAUACUAAUAUUAGCCAAGGCCUUUGAAAAAAAAAGUUUUAUUUUUAGAACCAAGGGCUAACGCAUCGUAACAAUGCACCACGCUCUUUGUAUAACUGGGCCAACUUCGACCAAUCAGAGACUUGCUCACAGUCAUGUGACGUUUAUGUAACGAAACUGUUUUGUAAAGCUUACAUGACAUGUGUCGGCGCUAUAACCAACUGCGAAGGCAGAGACGAACCACAUAGUUUGGGAUGUCGAUUUGUUCGUUGGUUGUGAGUGAAUUCUGUGAAAUGCGAUUGUAGGCCCAGUUCAUAGUGAGUGUUUGAAGAUGGUGGAUUUAGCCAAAGAAGCUUUCAGUACAAACAAUUUUGGUUUAGCCGCCGACAUCUAUGAAAGAACAAUUCGAGAGAAUGGUCCCACUUCAGAACUGUUCCUAGGUUUGGCUGACAGCUUUGCCCGGGGAGGGCAAUUUUCCAAAGCUUUCAAUGCCUAUACAAAUGCCUAUAGAUACGGUAAAGUAACUCCAGAAAAAUUGAAACAUUUGGUCGUUGGAUUAAUCGAGACUGUGAAACAAGAUCUUUCCAACAGUGGACCACAUGAAGCUAAACAACAAAGCUGUAUGUUCACUUGUGGAGUUUGUCGUGGCCUUCUGGCGGAUCCAGUCACCGUUCCUUGUGGACACACUUUUUGUAGAAAAUGUCUCGAGAAAGACAAAUCAAAGACCUGUGAAUUGUGUAGUACGGUGCAUUACAGAAUGAAAUUACGAAAUCUCAGCUCGAAUGUUGUGUUGACCAGUUUGAUCGAGAAGCUGUUUCCAAGUGAAUGUAGAGCAGCAGUCCUCAAGAAGGAAGGCAAUGGAUACUUCGAGAAAAGAGACUUCAGAAACGCAAUAGAUGUUUAUAGCAAAGCCAUUGAUAUUGCACCCAGUGAUCACCUUCUUCUGAGCAAUCGAUGUCAUGCUUUCGCAUCUCUGGACAUGUUCUCAGAAGCUUUGGAUGAUGCCGAACUUGUGGUGCAGCUCAGGCCGGACUGGCCCAAAGGCUAUUUCCGAAAAGGGGCAGCAUUGUAUGGGUUAGGCCAAUACGAAGAUGCAGCUGUCGCCUUUUUACAAUGUCUUGCGUUAGAUCAGAAAGUGACAUCGGCUAAAGAUUACUUGUCCAAGACCCUGGACAAAAUUUUGUCAGUCCUGCCUCCGGAUGACCCAAAGGCCCAUGCCAUGGCUCAGCAAAGCAACCCAUCAUUGCUGCAACAGCUCAUCAAUAAGAAUUUCUCAAAACCUUUGCUCCUGCCUGACAUUGCCAACACAUUGUCAGACCUGGCACAAAUUGUCAAGGAUACCAUCUGUGUUGCCAACAACUUUUCUCAAGAGCCAAAGCCAGAAGUGAAAGUUGGAAAUUCGUCCGACCAAAGUCCUGUCACAGACAAGAAAGAGAGUAAUGGCGUGGAGGAGAUUGAAGGAACAGAGGGGAUGUUCUCGAAAAAACUGAGAUGCAGUUCUCUCCCUGACUGCAGUGAUGUCGAUCAUGAGGAAAUUCAGAAAGUCACAUUGCCACGCAGCCACUCGCCACUGCCUUCUCCAUUGUGUCGCAAACGCAUGAGAAAUCCUAGUUCUUCUGCACAAUGCCCGCUUAGCCCCACGCAUUCCUCACCUCAGAAAGUUUUAAAGUCUACCUCAAUGGACACUGCUGCCAACACCUCCUCCGCCUCCUCUGCCACCGCUGAACACACUCACUCAAAACCAGAACCCCUGAGUGUGGAUGACCUGGAGUGUGGCCUGUGCUACCGCCUUUUCUAUGAGCCAGUGACCACCCCUUGUGGUCACACAUUCUGCCGCAAGUGUCUCGACCGUUGCCUGGAUCACACGGUCACCUGUCCUAUGUGCAAAGGCAACCUGUCCGAGUACCUGGCUGAGAGGAGGCAAGCAGUGACGGACUCCAUACAGUGCAUCAUUGACACGUACUUCAAAAAGGAGCAUGUUGAAAGGUCGAAAGUGAACGAUGAAGAGAUGGUGGAACUUGCAAAAAUGGGAAGUGGACAACAGUCAGACAUCCCAGUGUUCGUGUGUACCUUGUCCUUCCCCACCAUCAGCUGCCCGCUGCACAUUUUUGAGCCGCGCUAUCGACUCAUGGUGCGCCAGUGCAUGGAGUCUGGGACCCGCCAGUUUGGCAUGUGCAUGCACACCUCCGAUGACGACAAUGAAUUUUCCGACUAUGGCUGUAUGCUGGAGAUCCGAGACGUGCAGUAUUUCCCGGACGGCCGCUCGGUGGUGGACACCAUCGGAGGUCGUCGCUUCAAAGUACUCAGCCGAGGCCACCGAGACGGCUACAACACGGCCAAGGUGGAGUUCAUGGUGGACAAACCCAUCGAUGCUGAAGAGCUCCAAGCGGUGAUUGAGCUGCAGACAGAAGUGUACUCGUUGGUCCAGAACUGGCUGGCCCGGCUGCCCAGCAUGCACCGCACGCGCAUCACGCAGCAGGUCGGGGAGUUGCCCGCGGUGGAGGCCAGCCCUGCCUCUGGUGGGAACGGCCCCGCCUGGGCCUGGUGGGCGGUCAACGUGCUUCCCCUUGACCAGAGGGUGCGGAUGGCCUUGCUGGCCAUGUGCAGCUACCAGGACAGACUCGUGGCCCUCCGGAGGGUCCUGGUGUACAUGAACCGCAGAGGCAGCCGGUGACUAGCCUGGCUGUACCUGCUGCUGCAGCGGUUCCCUCAGGCCCUGUUGCUCCUGGUCUUGUUCGUGUGCUUACUGGCCGGCCACCUCAUGGAACUCCCAGAGCUAGCGUACGACAGCUUCCUCUUGUGACCCAGUGUGUGACAUGUGGCCCAGAGCGGCGGCUUCUCUCUCUGGGAGGUCAGACAAGGGCACAUGUUUGGUCUUCUCUCUCCUGCGGGUUAGACGAGUUCUAGCCCUGAGCAUCGUGUUCUCUCUCCCAGAGCGUUAAACAAGGGCACAAGGUUCGUCUUUUUCCUGCUGUCGGUCAGACGAGUCCCCUGCAUGGGCUGGUGCUAUCUCGCUGCUUCUGCACAGGACUCGCUGGACUGUCCCGGCUCUCUCGUUGGCAGAUCUCAGACUGUCUUACUCAUCCUCAUCGUUUGAAAGCUGCGGUAGGAGCUGGGGCGUCAAGCUCCGCUGGACAUGGAUUGGAGAUUGAGCAGGUUGUCUUCAUGUGGCUGUGAACUCGGUAGCAGUACUGGAAGAGCAUUUGAAUGUGAGCAACAGAUCAAAGAAAAGGCGUCGAGAAGAACUGUUUGGUUUUUGGAAGGACUGUAAUGGCUCUUUGAGCCCUCAACGGUGUUUUGGAUCAGUUCCAGGCUAGAGGAAUUACUAAAAUGGAGGUGACUUUGUAAUUGUUAAAAAAAGAAAAAAAAAGAUUGCUUAGCGUUGUGGUUUUUAAAAAAAAGAAUAGGGUACAUUUUGCAGUGUUUGAAUUCCUUGUGACAGCUUUGUGUAUACAACAUUUACGACUGUGAAGCUCAGCUGCAGAUGUGUAUCCCUGAGGGGAGACAUUCUACCUCGGUACUGUCGGAACUGCUGCUGAAUAUGCUUACAUUUUUCUUGUGUUGUCUGCUAUGUUUUUUUGUUUUUUUUUGUCCCAUGAGAUUGACCCGUAGACUCUGAUUCUUCGGGUUUGAGACCCAUGUGGAUUAACUAACCAGCUCUGUGUACAUGGGGAAGUGUCAUGGUUUGCACUGUAUCUCUGCUCCACACCUACCAGUAUAUAUAUUUAAACUGUUGAUCACAAUUUUACUAACUCUCACAUUCUGGUGUUACAAGUGGAUCCAUAUGUCACGUAACAGGUAAUUAAUUUCAGUUUUAAAGAACUACUAGUCUGUGUUUGUUUUUUUUUACUAGUUUUACGCCACAUUUUGUAUUUUUGUAUUUAAGAAAUGGUAGAAAAUGUAAAAUAGCAUGCUACUGUUUUGGUUAAAUAAUAUAGCUUUUUUCACUUUUUGAUUGAUGGUCGUAUGUGAGUGGAUGAAGGAAUGGAAGGUGGUUGUGGAUGAUCAGUCAGCGUUUUACACAGUGUACUAGCUGCAUCUUAAUCGAGGAAAAGUAGUUUGUUUUAGAUGGGUUUUGAAGCUGGAAACACUUUGUGUUCAGAAUGAGUGAAGGGUAGGAGGUGUGUAUCUUUGUGUUUGUAGAGAACUGGAUAAAUCAGGGCCUGAAUUGAGGCCUAAUUUUUGUUCUAAAAUAAUUGCCUUUUUUUUUUUGGCAAUAGCUGAUGUGUGGUUGGUGGAAGUGUAAAGUGUGCUAGUAUCAGGUUUUCUGGGUCACAUCUUUGUGCAGGUCUAUUUGCAUAUUUAGAGUGUACUUUUGGUUAAAAGUUUUUAGUUGCUUUUUUUCCCCCCUCUUCUCUUUUUUUGUGUUUUAGUUCAGGCCUUCUGGAUAGAGGUAAUGGGAAAAGGCAUAACACAUCAGUCAUUGGUGUCUCCUGUAUUAUCUGAUGUGGGCAACACACUCUUGUCUUGCAACCCAUUCAACUUGAAUGCAAUAUUUGAUCUCUUGAAUGGUUCUCAAAUGUCAGCCAUUGUGUUAUCAUUGGUGUAGGUUUUUGGGGGUUUUUUUGUUUUUGUUUUGUUUUGUCGUUUGUGUUUGUUCUCAAAGCGUACUUGAGAGAUAACAGGUGGCACCUGAAGGCCAAAUCCCAUGGAUCCUAACCAGUUAGAUUUUUUAUUAUUUUUCAUGUUAUGCUUUUCUUGUUUUUUUUAAAACUGCAGCCCCCUUUUUUUUAAAGAAAGAAUAGUUUUGUGAUGGUUAAAAUUGUUAAUUAGAAAUUUACCACAUUUUGCAGAAUUGUAGUGGGGAAUGCUUGUUUUGUCAAUGAAAUUUGAUGGAAAGUAGAACAUGGUUUAAUCAAAAUUUGGAGAAAAAAAAA